ACAUUCAUAUUGGUAAAAGACUUUUACAUUGAUGGCUACCAUAAAGAAUGGGUUUUUUAAUAUUUUCUGAACAUAUGAUCAGGUGUUUAAACUGGACUUCUACUGCAAAGAUCAAAGAGACUCCCAGAGGAAAAAGCACACUGAAGCUGAUCUGGUUGGCUGCUGUGAAUGGGUGUGGUUUCCCCCCCUCCGUUCCUUCUUUGACACUCCACCCACUUAGUCUCUUCAGGUGGGUGUGAGCAACCGGCACAGAGCUGAGCGAAUUCUCUGCCAUUGGAUACUGAGCCUGUCGCUGGCCCCUGCUAACAGAGUGUCUGCUGACAAAAUGAUGGAAGAAAUUUCCAUUGUGGUGGCCUACGACUCCCAUGUUUUUAGCCAGCUGUAUGAUGAGGAUUUUCUGGCCAGCUUGGUGGCAAUCAGCAAACCCAAAUGUGUGGUGCCCACAAAGAAACUGAAGAAAUAUGAGAGAGAGUAUCAAAUGAUGCGGGAGAACCAACUGCAACAGGAGGACCCCCUAGACAGAUACAAGAAGGAGAACCGCAGGCUUCAGGAAGCCAGCAUGCGGCUUGAGCAAGAGAACGACGAUCUUGCACAUGAACUCGUAACAAGCAAAAUCGCUCUACGAAAUGACUUGGACCAGGCUGAAGACAAGGCAGAUGUUCUGAACAAGGAAUUGCUAUUGACAAAGCAGAAACUAGUGGAGACUGAAGAGGAGAAACGGAAACAGGAAGAAGAAACAGCCCAGCUGAAAGAAAUCUUUAGAAAACAGCUGGAGAAGGCGGAAUCUGAAAUAAAGAAGACGGGUGCCAUUAUUGCGGAAUAUAAACAGAUUUGUUCCCAACUGAGUAGCAGGUUGGAAAAACAGCAGACUGCCAGUAAAGAGGAACUGGAGGUUGUGAAGGGCAAGGUGAUGGCAUGCAAGCACUGCAGUGAAAUCUUCAGCAAAGAAGGGACGCUGAAAGCGCCUGCUGUCCCUAGAGAAAGCCGAGGGAUGGAAACAGAUGAUGAAAAGGACGCCCUUAAGAAACAACUGAGGGAGAUGGAGCUGGACCUGGCACAGACCAAACUACAACUUGUGGAGGCCAAAUGCAAAAUACAGGAACUGGAGCACCAGAGAGGAGCCCUUAUGAGUGAAAUCCAAGUGGCCAAGAAUUCUUGGUUUAGCAAAACCCUGAGCUCCAUUAAAACUGCAACCGGCACACAGCCACCCCCGCCCCAGCAGCCGCCACCGCCUCCGAUGCCAUCCUCGCCCAAAGAGGGGAGCACAUAGUUGGAGCCAGAUUCCAAGCACAAAGAGCACAAUGAACAAAACAGCUGCAGCCCCUUAAAGGUUUCCUCCCGAGGCACCUUGCUGGGGGAAGAGAAGGGGGGGUGAGGCAGAGAGCGCCCCCCCAAAAAAACAUAUUCCUUUGGUGUCUUUCAUUUGUUCCAAUGUGGCCCUUUCUCAAGGGAAGUUAUUUAAAGAAUCCUGUUUUCAAGUGGAAUAUUUCUUUCCUAGCUGCCUUGCCCAAAGCCACGUUCCCCGAUACCUUCAUAUUUGACACAUUAUUUUGUAUGCCUAGGUGUUAAAAGAUGAGUAAUGAAUAAUUCAGAACUAAGUGUUUAGUAUGUUGCUAAAAAUUACUCAGAAUUAUUCUUUACCUUGCAUAAAUAGAGGGGCUUUUUUCCCAUUAGAGGAAAAGAGAAGGGGGGACGGGCAGGGUGACGUAACAAAGAAAAAGCACACCGUCGUGAUGCCAGACAGAGGACUGGUAUCGCAGAUCCGUCUCAGAGGUUUACAUCUGUCAUUAAACUCUGCAACCAUGCGCCUCUCUUCUAAGGCUUGGGUCUCAAGCCACAUCUACAAGUGGAACAACAGUAAUAUUUUUUAAAAAAAAAUUCUUGUGAAGCUACGAAAUGAGAACAUGUCAUAAAAUUGUGUCUCCUUCAAUGCUGCCUUUACUUUAAGAAUUCCGUAAGUUAUUUCAUAACGUUACAACUAAAGGAGAGGAUUUUCUGUGUUCUCAUUUGCCAACAAGCAGACGUGGGGAACUCUAGGAAGUUCCUCCUGCACCUUUACAGUGAACUGGGGGCUUGCAGAGAACUUCCUGGUAUAUAAUUGCACUCCUUGCGCUCUUGCGCAACUCCCAGUAAUUUCAGUGGGACGCGGGCAAGAAACAGGAGACAUUCCGGAUAAAAUGUGUCCAAAACAUUAACAUGAAAAGUGAUCCACAGUCUUGACUGGUUGGGUACUUUUCAGAUGAUUCCUGUAUCUAUCUGGAAACCAUAAUUGUUUUAUAUCUUUCUAAAGUGCAAAAAAGGCAUUUGUUACAUUUUUGAAUUGAACAUAAAAUGUUUAUAGAAAUGCUUAUUUCAUGGAGAAUUAAACUAUUGCUUAAAUUGAUGGAAAUAUUUUUUUUAUUAUAUUUAACGUGUAUAAUGAUGUCUCGUAAGUCAGCAUCACUACUGGACAAGAAGUUAGUUGUGUAUUUGGUUUUCAUGUUAAGAAAAUUGUUCUAAGGACGUUGUCCUGUUCUGAUUUUAAUCCAGAUUAAUGCAAUAGCCUAUUGGUUGUUCUGUACAAUAAAGUUUAA